AUGUUUGUGGUGAUGCCCGGAUCUGUCGUUCAUCAGCGAGACCGGAGGCCAGGCCGCGGCGGCGGCGGCCGCGCGAGCGGGCGGCCGGGCGGGGCGGCGCGCGGCGGCGGGCCCAUGAUAUCCAUGACACCAGCGAAGGAAGGCGAGACAAAAAGCGUGACGGUUGUCCUUCUUCGUGAGGGCGGAUCUCUGGGUUUUAACAUCAUAGGAGGAAGGCCAUGCGCGGACGACAAUGACAGCACUUCGAAUGAAGGGAUCUUUGUAUCCAAGAUCAUCGAGGAAGGACCGGCGGACAAGGAAGAAGGCCUUCAAAUCCACGACAGAAUAAUAGAGGUCAAUGGCAAAGACCUCUCCAAGGCCACCCACGAUCAGGCGGUGGAGGCCUUUCGUGCCACCAAGGAUCCCAUCAUGGUGCAGGUCCUGCGCCGAUCUCCACAUCCCAAAGUGUCCGGCCAGGCGGGUGACUCCCAGGUUUCUGACAUCAGCACCCAGACGGACAUCACCCUGCAGCACAUCAUGGCCCUCACAAAGCUGUCUCCUUCUUCACCCCCCAUGACGGAGCUGGGGGAGUAUCUGCUACCAGAGGAGCAUCCUCAACACGCAUACUUCGACCCCAAUGACUUCCUGGAGGUCAUUCAGCACGACUUGGAGCGCGAGGAGCUGGAAUACGAGGAAGUGGAUUUGUACCGAGCCAAUAUCCAAGAGAAGCUGGGCCUGACGAUCUGUUACAGGACUGAUGAUGAGGAUGAAGCUGGGAUUUACAUUAGUGAGAUUGAUCCACACAGCAUUGCUGCGAAGGACGGCAGAAUCAGAGAAGGCGACAAAAUCAUUCAGGUAAGAUCACUGAAAAUCUCAUAAAAUGAAAAUAAGAGAGGGGAGAGAGACACAAUUCUCACAAGGUACAGGAAUGAAACUGCGUCUCUUCUCCUCGCUGCAUCUCAGCUGGACGAGGGCUGGAUGGAUGAUGAUAGGAACGACUUCCUGGAUGACCUCCACAUGGACAUGCUGGAGCAGCAGCACCAUCAGGCCAUGCAGUUCACUGCCAGCAUGCUGCAGCAGAAGAAGCAUGAGGAGGACGGAGGCACCACAGACACGGCCACGCUGCUGUCCAAUCACCACGAGAAGGACAGCGGGGUCGGGCGCACGGACGAGAGCACGCGAAACGACGAGAGCUCGGAGCAGGAGAACCUCGGCGACGACCACACCACGGCCUCCAACACGCUGGGCAGCUGCAGGAAGCUCACCUACAGCCAGGACACGCUGGGCAGCACCGACCUGCCCUUCAGCGGGGAGUCGUUCAUCUCCGCGGAUUACCACGACGCCGACUUCCUGGGCAUUCCGGCGGACGAGUGCGAGCGCUUCAGGGAACUCCUGGAGCUGAAGUGCCAGAUGAGGAACAGUGGAGCCCAGGGUCUGUACUACCAGGGAGGUCAGGACCAGGACGGGGUGGACAAAGAGCUGGAGAUGCUCAACGAGGAGCUACGCACCAUCGAGCUGGAGUGCCUGAACAUCGUCCACGCUCACAAGAUGCAGCAGCUGAGGGAGCAGUGCCGCGAGUCCUGGAUGCUCCACAACAGCGGCUUCCGCAACUACAACACCAGCAUCGACGCGCGCCGCCACGAGCUCUCCGACAUCACGGAGCUCCCGGAGAAAUCGGACAAAGACAGCUCCAGCGCCUACAACACUGGCGAGAGCUGCCGAAGCACCCCACUCACGUUGGAGCUUUCUCCGGACAACUCUCUUCGUCGAUGCGCAGAAAAUCAGGGUCCGUCUGUGGCGGCCGGCUCCGCAAGCUCCAAUGGUAGGGUCGUCAAACCCCUCCAGUCCCCAGAGCAGGAAGCCCCUGGCCCCAGCAGAAGCAAAGGUUCCUCAAAAGAUCAAGAUGGAUCCCCGCAGGCCGAGAGCAAGGAGAAGAAGUCGGGAGAGUCCAGUAAAUCCGGACGAAGCUCGCAUCAGCCACAUUCGCCGUACAAGCACGCCCACAUCCCUGCACACGCCCAGCACUACCAGAGUUACAUGCAGCUGAUCCAGCAGAAAUCGGCCGUGGAGUACGCCCAGAGCCAGAUAAGCUUGGUCAGCUUGUGCAGGGACCCAAAUAGCCCCGGCGACCUGGACCCAAAGAUGGAGUGGAAGGUGAAGAUCCGCAGCGACGGCACGCGCUACAUCACCAAGAGGCCGGUGCGCGACAAGCUGCUGAGGGAGCGAGCGCUGCGCAUCCACGAGGAACGAAGCGGAAUGACCACGGACGACGACGCCAUAAGCGAGCUGAAGAUGGGCCGCUACUGGAGCAAGGAGGAGAGGAAGCAGCACGCCGUCCGCGCCAAAGAGCAGAGGCAGCGCCGCGAGUUCAUGAAGCAGAGCCGAGCCGAUUGUCUCAAAGGGGAGUCCGGAGCCGAGGACAAAAAGGAGCCCAACAUCAUCGAACUCAGCCACAAAAAGAUGAACAAAAAGAGGAAUAAGAAAAUAUUUGACAACUGGAUGACCAUCCAAGAACUGCUGACCCACGGUACCAAGUCGCCAGAUGGCACAAGGGUUUACAACUCGAUUCUGUCUGUGACCACAGUCUAAGUGCUGCUCUGAGUGGUGGGCUGUACAUAGGACACUACCGAUUGGUGUAGAGAUUCCUGCCUCGUUCAAUGUGGCAACGUUUUGUAAAUAGGAAGUAAGCCCCGCCUUUCCUGGACGAACAUUUCCCACCAGAAGUUCUUGAAGAGAAGUUCUUUAUAAUGAUGGUUGGACUUGACAAAAAUUAGAACAUGGCUAUGAGGAUGAUUUUGGAAACAUUUUUCAAAUUCUUACAAUAACCUUUUCUACCUUUGUGCUUGCUCUUUUGAAUAAUUUUGGUAGCAAAAACACAAUAUGUGACUUUUCUUUGGAGGGUUUUGAAAGUGUGUAAAGACAGUGUGCCAUACAUGAAUAAACAGCCAGCAUUUACACUAUAUUACAUUAUUUUGUUUGUACUAUAUAUCUCUUAUCAGUAUUUUACUGUUAUGCAUACGUAAUGCUUUUAUGGAAACACUGCUAUUUUCCUGCAAGGUAGAACACGUAAUCCUUUUCAAAAGGACUUUUGUAAAUUAAAAAAUACAUUUUUGUAACAAAUUCACUUUUUUAGUUUUAAUUUCUCUCUAAUGGUGCUGAUUCCCCAAAGUUAAUACCGUCAGCGAUGUACCAUCUGUUACGUAGAGGACGUCAUAACGUGAUACUAUUGUGUAUGUACGUGUCUUUAGAGAAAUAAGUUUCUCACGCUAAAAUGUAAACGUCUGUGUUUGUUAAAGCACACGUUGUAGUCGCUUUUGCUUUCUUAGGGUUUCAUGUAUUGGACAGAAUAACAGUGUAACAAAUCCUUAGUUAGCCACACAAUUUGAUGUCUUGUAAAAUGAGAGAAAUAAUAAAUUAUUGUUUUAUAUAUGAUGAGCUUU